GGGAGGGGACUUCAGGGACAGGGCCUCAAGGGACAAGACCGGAAAAGAGGCCCAGGCCAGGAGAGCCAGGCCAGGCACCCCUGCCACCAUGCAGGACGGUAACUUCCUGCUGUCGGCCCUACAGCCGGAGGCUGGCGUGUGCUCCCUGGCCCUGCCCUCAGACCUGCAGCUGGACCGCCGGGGCACCGAGGGACCGGAGGCUGAUCGACUGCGAGCAGCCCGAGUACAGGAGCAGGUCCGAGCCCGCCUCCUGCAGCUGGGGCAGCAGCACCGGCACAAUGGGGCAGCUGAGCCGGAGAGUGCCACUGAUGUUAGCAGAGGUAUGUCCAGGGGUCAGUACCAUACCUUGCAGACUGGCUUCAGCUCCCGCUCCCAGGGACUGAGUGGUGACAAGAUCUCGGCCUUCAGGUCCAUUGCCAAGCCGACCUACAGCCCAGCCUCCUGGUCCUCCCGCUCAGCUGUGGACCUGAGCUGCAGUCGGAGGCUGAGCUCCGCCCACAAUGGGGGCAGCGCCUUUGGGGCUGUAGGGUAUGGGGGCACCCAGCCCACCCCACCCAUGCCCGCCCGGCCAGUGUCCUUCCAUGAGCGUGGUGGGGCAGGCAGCCGGGCUGAUUAUGACACAUUGUCCCUGCGCUCACUGAGGCUGGGGCCAGGGGGCCUGGAUGACCGCUACAGUGUGGCAUCUGAGCAGCUGGAGCCUGCAGCUGCCUCCUCCUACAGAGCCUUUGCCUAUGAACGUCAGGCCAGCUCCAGCUCAAGCCGGGCAGGGGGGUUGGACUGGCCAGAGGGUGCUGAGGGUCCCCCCAGCCGGACCAUCCGUGCCCCUGCCAUGAGGACCCUGCAGCGAUUCCAGAGCAGCCACCGAAGCCGUGGAGGGACCGGGGCAGUGCCGGGGGCUGGCCUGGAGCCUGUGGCCCGAGCUCCUUCUGUGCGCAGCCUCAGUCUCAGCCUGGCAGACUCGGGCCACCUGCCAGAUGUGCGUGGGCUGGACAGCUAUACUGGCCACCGCACCCUGCAGAGACUCAGCAGUGGCUUUGAUGACAUUGACCUGCCCUCCGCAGUCAAGUACCUCAUGGCCUCAGACCCCAACCUGCAGGUUCUAGGAGCGGCCUAUAUCCAGCACAGGUGCUACAGUGACGCAGCAGCCAAGAAGCAGGCUCGCAGCCUUCAGGCCGUGCCUAGGCUGGUGAAGCUCUUCAACCACGCCAACCAGGAGCUGCAGCGCCAUGCCACGGGCGCCAUGCGUAACCUCAUCUACGAUAAUGCGGAUAACAAGCUGGCCCUGGUUGAGGAGAAUGGCAUCUUUGAGCUGCUGCGGACACUGCGAGAGCAGGACGACGAACUGCGCAAGAAUGUCACAGGGAUCCUGUGGAACCUGUCAUCCAGUGACCACCUGAAGGAUCGCUUGGCCCGUGACACGCUGGAGCAGCUCACAGACCUGGUGCUGAGCCCCCUGUCAGGGGCAGGUGGGCCCCCCCUCAUCCAGCAGAAUGCCUCUGAGGCUGAGAUCUUCUACAAUGCUACUGGUUUUCUUAGGAAUCUCAGCUCAGCCUCCCAGGCCACUCGCCAGAAGAUGCGCGAGUGCCACGGGCUAGUGGAUGCUCUGGUCACCUACAUCAACCAUGCCCUGGACGUGGGCAAGUGCGAGGACAAGAGCGUGGAGAACGCUGUGUGCGUGCUGAGGAACUUGUCCUACCGCCUGUAUGACGAGAUGCCACCAUCGGCCCUGCAGAGGCUUGAGGGCCGGGGCCGCAGGGACCUGACCGGGGCACCACCUGGUGAGGUGGUGGGCUGCUUCACACCACAGAGCCGGCGGCUUCGUGAGCUGCCUCUGACAGCCGAUGCGCUCACCUUCGCGGAGGUGUCUAAGGACCCCAAGGGCCUCGAGUGGCUGUGGAGCCCACAGAUCGUGGGGCUCUAUAACAGGCUGUUGCAGCGCUGUGAGUUGAACCGGCACACAACAGAGGCAGCUGCUGGUGCACUACAGAACAUCACCGCAGGCGACCGCAGGUGGGCAGGCGUGCUAAGCCGCCUGGCCCUGGAACAGGAGCGCAUCCUAAACCCUCUGCUGGACCGUGUUCGGACCGCUGACCACCACCAGCUGCGCUCGCUGACUGGCCUUAUCCGAAAUCUGUCACGGAAUGCCAGGAACAAGGAUGAGAUGUCUACCAAGGUGGUGAGUCACCUGAUUGAGAAGCUCCCUGGCAGUGUGGGUGAGAAGUCUCCCCCCGCCGAGGUGCUGGUCAAUAUCAUAGCUGUACUCAACAACCUGGUGGUGGCCAGUCCCAUUGCCGCCCGAGAUCUGCUCUACUUUGAUGGGCUCCGAAAGCUUGUCUUCAUCAAGAAGAAGCGGGACAGCCCCGACAGUGAGAAGUCCUCCCGAGCAGCCUCCAGCCUCUUGGCCAACCUAUGGCAGUACAGCAAGCUGCACCGAGACUUCCGGGCGAAGGGCUAUCGGAAGGAGGACUUCCUGGGCCCGUAG